CUCUUGCACACACUUCCUCGAGUCGCUCUCUUGCUCGCCCGUCUGCCUGCAGCUUCCACACUUCCUCUAAUCUUAGCACCCACAGCACUCACCAACAUGCACUUCUCCACGCUCGUCGUCGCCGUUUUGGCACCUCUUGCAGUCAUCGCCUCACCAGUGCCCAAGGUCGACGAGUCGGCGGACGUAAUGGCUAUCCGCGCUAUGGAGUCAUGGGCAUGGCAAGAGCCCGUGAUGGAGAGGAGCCCAUCCGAUCCUGAGCUCAUCAAGCGCAUCGUCUACAACCCAAAGAUCACUAGCCCAACGGCAGAGACCGUCUGGAAUGCAGGACAGACCUACAAGGUCACUUGGUCGACCGACGACAUCCCAGCCGAUGCAAAGGAGUACAAGGGCAUGGUCAAGCUUGGCUACGAGCCCGCCGACGGCGAAGGUGGCCUCAACUUGAAGAAGACUCUUGCCAAGGACUUCCAGUUGACCGACAACGAGGUGGAGGUCACUAUCCCCGAGAACCAAGAGGAGAGGUCUGACUACAUCAUCGUUUUGAUGGGAGACUCCGGCAACGCCAGCCCACACUUCACCAUCAAGCCAAAGUCUGACGCCCCUUCGUUCUUGAACAUCGAAGAGCUUUUGGAUCAAGCGAGUGAGGCUUAAGACACUUCUCUCGUCGGUCUCGCUACCGUCGUCUCGCUCUCUGGCUCGCGCUACCCGCCACCUCAUCAAGCUCUUGACCACUGCUCCAGUUCCAGAUCAUAUCGCCUCUUAGCCCAGCAUGCUUUUAGUCUCUUCUCUGCAUCCACCUAUCCAUACCGGACAUUGCUUCUCGGCCUCAUCUCCACAGGACGCUCUUCAGCACCACCUCGGCUGCACACAUUUUCCCGACUCGGCCCCGACGAUCGCACUCGUGCUCGCGGCUUUUUCACGUUGAGCGAUUUGCGCUGUUGCCUCGAUGUUGUUUAUGCCUCUCUACAACAUUCUUAUCAUACUGCCCUUCCC